UCUCGAUUUGUUUAUGGAAGUAGUUGUUUUUUUUAGAAAUCUUUCGAAUCGAAUCAUCUUGUUAUCGUUGUGAUCUUUGCGAAUCGCAUUUUCUUAGGGUUUUUUUUAGAAAUCUUUCGAAUCGAAUCAAACUUGUUAUCGUUGUGAUCUUUGCGAAUCGCAUUCUUAGGGUUUUUUUUAGAAAUCUUUCGAAUCGAAUCAAACUUGUUAUCGUUGUGAUCUUUGCGAAUCGAAUCGAAUGGCACUUUCUUAGGGUUUUCGUUUUUCUGAAUCGCAUCUUCUUAGGGUUUUUGUUUAUCUGAAUCGCAUUUUCUGGGGAUUUAAGUAUCUGCGAUCGCGUAUAAAGAGAGAGUUUCGUCCGUCUGGCGGAUCGGAUUAAGUUCUUCUGUAUUUCUAGUUUUGUUUUGUUGGUUGAAUCAAUCAAGAAAUAGGAAUUUUGUUUUGGGGUUUCUUGAGAAAUAGGAAUGAAUCAUUCAAGAAAGAGGAAUUUUACAUUAGAUUUGUUUAUAGAGAGAAAAUUUUGCCAUCGCGAGAGUCUUUUUUUGGGUUCUGGAGAGAGUCUUCGUUUUGGUUCUGUAUUAAUACACUCCUCAAUGUAUUUAGUGCUGUUGUUGUUGUUGUUGUUGUUUCUUUCUCUCAGUGCAGGAGAAUGGGUGAUGAUUUGAGUAAAAACGGUUGUGUGUACUGUUGGACAUAUGAACACAGAACAAAAGAUUGUGUUGUCUUGAAAUGUUUAACUUGCAAUCGUAGAGGUCACUUCGCCAGAUCCUGCCCAUAUCGUAGUAAUAAGAGCAUGCAUGAUAAACGGGUUCUUCCUAAGUCUCGCUCCCCUCCUCCUCCUUCAAGGAGAAACCGAUCUCCCCCUCCUCCACACAGAUACCGCUCUAGAUCUCACUCUCCUCCUGCUGCAAGGACAACUCACGUUUCUAAACACGUUUCUAACUCUAACUCUCUCACGCCACAGCAGCAUCUAGAUCUCAAUCCUGCUCACCCUUCUUCUAUGCCUCCUCCACCAGUGCGAGAUCUCAGGCCUAUCUCUUCUGCUGCUCACCCUCACCCUUACCCUCAGACGCCACAGCAGCAUCUAGAUCUCAAUCCUGCUCACCCUUCUUCUAUGCCUCCUCCACCAGUGCGAGAUCUCAGGCCUAUCUCUUCUGCUGCUCACCCUCACCCUUACCCUCAGUUUCCACACGACCAACAUCAUCCAAGGCCAAUCUCCUCCCUUCCUCACCCUCCUUCUACCUCUCAGUUUCCACACGACCAACAUCAUCCAAGGCCAAUCUCCUCCCAUCCUCACCCUCCUUCUACCUCUCAGUUUCCACACGACCAGCAACAUCCAAGGCCAAUCUCCUCCCAUCCUCCUCUUCCUCACUCUUCUCAGUUUCCACACGACCAUCCAAGGCCAAUCUCGUCCUAUCUUCCUCUUCCUUACCCUCAGACGCCACAGCAGCAGCUAGAUCUCAAUCCUGCUCACCCUUCUUCUAUGCCUCCUCCAUCAGUGCGAGAUCUCAGGCCUAUCUCUUCUGCUGCUCACCCUUCUUCUAUGCCUCCUCCACCACCUCCUCCACCAGUGCGAGAUCUCAGGCCUAUCUCUUCUGCUGCUCACCCUUCUUCUAUGCCUCCUCCACCACCUCCUCCACCAGUGAUCCCACCUAAUGAAAUUAGGGAGAGGUUGUUGUAUAAGUAUCCACUUAUACAACAAGGUCUUCAGACAGCUGACAGACGAGUUGAGGCUGAAAGCUGCUUAACCCUCCUGGUGUCCUUUGUACAAACCUGCUGCAUGUCCCCUCAGCAAUUGUCCAAGGAGCUUCUGUAUUCCUGCCUUGAGUCGAUGCAAGUGUUUCGCCAGAAAAAUUUGUUUCAAGAGUGGAUGGAAGAAAUUUGGAAUUCUGCUGAGCAGAAGAGAGCGCGCCAAGCUAGAGUCGUCGAUCUUCAGAGGCAUAUGAUUGAUCUUCAUCAUCAAAUGAUGGUCUUAAGAGAUCAGUACAAUCUUUGUGAAGCUGAGAUCGGUGAGCUAAUCAAGGGUCAAACACCACUUUCCCUGGACGAUGUCCUCAAUUAGAUUUUUCCAAGUUUGUGAUGCUAAGAACUGCUCUUACUAGUUUUCAUUUCUGGAAAAAAAGUGUAUAAACAAUUUUUAACAGGGUUCAGCCUUACUUUUAAUUGAAAAUCAACAACAGGAGUUGCCCUCAA